UGUACUUAAAUAGGCUACUUGAAACACUCGAGACAAUGGCCGAAGAAAACAGUGCGUGUGCCAAGGGCUUCGUCGAUAGCAGCAUUCAUGUCGACGUCAAGGAUUAUUAUGGCAAGGUGCUGAAGAAAACCUCUGACCUGAAGAGCAAUGCCUGUGUGGCUCCAGCUCAGCCCAUUCCUGCCUUCAUCCGCCAGGCUCUGAAGAAAGUGCACCCUGAAGUCACCGCCAGGUACUAUGGCUGUGGUCUGGUGGUGCCAGAGUGCUUGGAGGGCUGCAGGAUCCUGGACCUGGGCAGCGGGAGUGGGAGGGACGUGUACAUGCUGAGUGAGCUGGUAGGCGAGAAGGGCCACGUCACUGGCAUUGACAUGACUGAGGACCAGCUUGACGUGGCCAGGACGUAUGUGGACUAUCACACGAAAGAGUUUGGCUUCAAGAAGCCCAAUGUGAGUUUUGUCCAGGGCUACAUCGAGGCUCUAACAGAAGCGGGUCUGGAAAAGAGCUCCUUUGAUAUCAUUAUUUCCAACUGUGUGGUGAAUCUCUCUCCAGACAAGAAGCGAGUACUGGCUGAAGCCUACAGUGUGCUCAAGGAUGGUGGUGAGCUGUACUUCAGUGAUGUCUACAGCAGUGGAAGAUUAACAGGGGAAAUAAAAAAUCAUAAAGUCCUCUGGGGCGAGUGUAUUGGUGGAGCGCUCUGGUGGGAGGAUCUGCUGCAGUUGGCAGAAGAAGUUGGUUUCAGCCCGCCACGCCUUGUAACAGCCAGCUUCAUCACCGUGGACAACAAAGAACUGCAGGACAUCCUCGGCGACUUCAAGUUUGUCUCUGCCACAUACCGCCUGUUCAAGGUCCCUAAAGGCGCUACCAAUCCCUGUCAGGUCAUAUAUAAUGGGAGCAUUACAGGAGUAGAGGACAGCUUCCAGUUUGACACUCAGUUCACAUUCAAGGUGGAUGAAGUGGUGGAGGUUGAUGGAGAAGUGGCCACCAUACUGACCCAUUCCAGAUUCAGGGAAGAUUUCACUCUCCAGCCUCAGGGAGGCCCCCGUGAGUCCUGCGGAGUCAAACCUAAGGCGGGCACUGUGGAUCCCUUCCAGCUGGUCCUUCAGCUGGGGAAACAACAGCCAGGUUCAGCCACAGGGGGAUGCUGCAGCACUCAGUCUACCAACUUAUUUUACAACUAAAAGCUCUUUUCAAAUGAAGAGCAGGUUGUAACCGAGGCUCUGUGUCAGUCAGAGUCUGAGCGCUGCUCCUCCUCCUGAAUGACUCAGAGUUUGAUAAGCCCUCCCUCUUC